UAACACUCCGAGCUUGUCGUGAUUUUCGCCGUUUAAGCAACACCGCCGUGCGCCAACCUAGAUAAACCGGGCCGUUGAGUUACUUUCCUCCCCCACAUUCUCUUCGCUCGUCUUCCUGCGUCACCGUGAACUACAGAAACGCAGGCAGGAAAAUGAGUCGUCUUUUGGUAUUCCUGGGGCUCUCCGUCGCCCUGGUGAACUCCUUCCCCAGACAGGAGCCCGAAAACGGGAAGAACUGGGUGGUGAUCGUGGCCGGCUCGUAUUCCUGGUACAACUACAGACAUCAGGCGGACGCGUGCCACGCCUACCAGAUUGUGCAUAAGAAUGGCAUCCCGGACGAGCAAAUUGUGGUCAUGAUGAUGGACGACUUGGCGCAAGAUGACAUGAACCCCACACCCGGCAUCUUGAUCAACAGGCCCAACGGUAGCGACGUGUACAAGGGUGUCCCCAAGGACUACACUACACAAGAUGUCAAUCCGGAAAACUUCCUGGCCGUGCUGAAAGGUGAUUCCUCCAAAGUGAAAGGAGGCUCUGGGAAAGUGUUGAAGAGCGGCCCCAACGAUCACAUCUUUGUUUACUUCACUGACCACGGAGCGCCCGGAAUUCUGGCCUUCCCCGCUGGAGAGCUGCAUGUCAAAGACCUCCAGGAUACCAUUCAUUACAUGCACGACAAUAAGAAGUACAAGAAGAUGGUGCUCUACAUCGAAGCAUGCGAAUCUGGAUCGAUGAUGAGCGAUCUGCCUGACGACAUUGACGUUUACGCCACCACGGCCGCGAACUCCCACGAGUCGUCGUACGCCUGCUACUAUGAUGCAGAACGCGACACCUACCUGGGUGACUGGUACAGCGUCAACUGGAUGGAAGACUCCGAUGUGGAGGACCUGUCCAGGGAAACGCUGUUGAAACAGUUCAGAAUCGUUAAGAGUCACACCAACACCAGCCACGUGCAGCAGUUUGGAAACAAAACUCUGGCCCACAUGAAGGUGGCGGCCUUCCAGGGCACGCGCAAGAGCGGAGGCGUCGCCCCCGACCCGUUGCCUCCCGUCGCCGAACUGGACCUGACGCCGAGUCCCGACGUUCCGCUGGCCAUCCUCAAGAGGAAGCUGAUGGCCUCCAACGACAUCGACAUGUCCCGGGGCUUCCUCUCUGAAAUAGACGCACACUUCAAGGUCAGGGAGAUGCUGGCGGCAACCAUGCGUCAGAUCGCCGAGAAGGUGACUGGUCGAAGUUCCGUGGCCGAAGAGGUGGUCAACGAAAGGCGGGACCUGACGCGGCACCAGUGCUACCGGACCGCCGUGGACCACUACAAACACAACUGCUUCAAUUGGAACAAACCCAAGUACGAGUACGCGCUGAGACAUCUGUACGCUCUAGUCAACUUGUGUGAGAGAGGCUACGCCGCUGACAGUAUCCAGGUGGCCAUGGACUCAGUGUGUUACUUCAAGUGAAAAAAAACCCUCAAAAUAUGAAAGCUUCUUCGUUAUUGUUUUUAUUAACACUUUUUAUGUUUGUCUCCGAAUGUGUAUGUUUGAUUUUAAGAUGAGUUGCACUUUUGAAAAGUUUCUGAAUGACUUUUUUUUUUUUUUUUGAUUGUGUGCUUUUAAAGAGAUUGUGUUUUUUUUAUUCAUGUAUAUGCAUUUUGCUCUCAGCUUUAUUGGUGUGACGCUGCUGAAUGUUUACUGACGCUCCAAUAAAAAAGGUGAAAGACCAAAAACAAA